AUGAAAGUCAAGGAUUCAAAUAUUUAUAUUUAUCUGAACAAAAGCGAACACCUACCAAAUUUAAAACAACGAUUAACUGCUGUAAUCACCAAGACAAUUGUUGAAACAUUACCAUUAUGGAUGAUAAGAUCUAUAUUCGAUUUGACGGGCGCCAUUGAACAAAUCGCAAAUGGAAUGUAUGCGGGUAAACAAAGAGAUAAAUGGUGCCGUCGACUGAAGGGUGGGGAUGGAUGGGAUGGAUACCUGAUUGCUGAAGAUGCCAAAACUACUGAUGUUGGAGAAAAUGCCGAUAUGGUUAUCUUAUAUGCGCACGGGGGUGGUUUAUGUGCUGGUGGAGCCUUGUUAUCCUUGGUGAUUUUUGUGAGACUUUAUUUAUGUUGCAUUUUAUGUAACAUCACAGGUCUUUCACCGGAACAUGUCUUUCCUUCGGCACGUGAAAGCAUGUUAAAAUGCUAUCAAUGGUUAAUCAAUGAGAAAGGAAUUAGCCCACUUUUGGUACUCAUUGGCGCAAACCUUGCCACAACAGCAUCCUUAGAACUUCUCAAGAAUCCGGUUGCCUACAAUAACACUCCUCUACCAUCACGUUUGCUCCUUAUCUCUCCUUGUCUAUCACCCUUUAAUAUCCCGUUAUUCGAGCGUAAUUUACGUGGUUUACCAAAAGUGUGGAUAUGUGUUGGUGGUUACGAAGUAUUCAUUGAGGACGUAAUGUCAUUCGUAGAAAAUGCCAGAAACCAAGAUGUUAGUGCCGAACUUUUGAUUGAACAAGAUAAUGUGCAUAAUUAUGCUAUUUUGUGGCCGUUAUCAAGACAUGGAG